AUGGACGUGAAGAGUGCCUUUUUAAAUGGAAUGCUAAUGGAAGAAGUUUACGUUGAGCAACCAGUAGGAUUACAGGAUCCUCAUAUGCCUAAUCAUGUGUUCAAACUUAAGAAAGCACUUUACGGGUUAAAGCAAGCACGAAGAGCAUGGUAUGACAGGCUUACCUCAUUCUUUCUUGAUCAUAACUUCAUUAGAGGUAAUGCCGACAAAACCUUGUUCAUAAAACAUGAAGGAGGUAAAUUUUUGUAUGCUCAAAUUUAUGUAGACGAUAUUGUUUUUGGUUCUACCUUUCAUACUCAACUUGAAAAAUUUAUUACUUUAAUGAAAGAUGAAUUUGAGAUGAGUAUGGUGGGAGAAAUUAGCAUGUUCCUCGGUCUUCAAAUCAAACAAAUUGAUUGUGACAUGUUUGUCUCCCAAUCUAAGUAUACUAAAAACAUGCUCAAAAGAUUCAAUCUCGAAUCUGCCAAGCAUGCUAACACACCAAUGAGCUCCUCUCUUAAACUUUCCAAGGAUGAUAAUGGUAAAAAGGUUGAUCAUAAGUUGUUUAGAAGCAUGAUAGGGAGUUUGUUGUAUUUGACAGUAAGUAGGCCUGAUUUGUGCUUUAGUGUAGGUAUGUGUGCUAGGUUUCAAUCUAAUCCUAGUAAGCUUCAUCUUAAAGCUGUUAAGAGAAUCAUGAAAUAUGUUGCUGGAACAUUAGAUUUUGGACUUUGGUUUUCUUGUGAUUCUAAUCCUACUCUUGUGGGUUUUAGUGAUGCUGAUUGGGCAGGGUGCUUGGAUGAUAGGAAAAGCACAUUCGGAGGAUGUUUCUUUCUCAGCAACAACUUGAUCACCUGGUGUAAAUCCUCAUCGUCAAACUCUUCUUCAUUUGAUGAUCAACCUCUUAGCAAGAGACUGAAACGCUCAAAAGGGUCCUCUGUUGAAUCCCCUGCGAAGAAGAAUAAACAAGCUAAGAUUGCCAAGGGUAAAAAGAAAGUGAAAGAAGCACCUCAAUAUGAGGGCUUAAGUAAACAACAAAUCUUUGUUUCCGCUUCUGCUGAGUUGAGGUUUAAAGAGUCUGUUAUUUUUAAACCCAUUGUUUGUGAGUCAAAUGUGGAACUCUCUGAGUUCCCUGAAAUCAUCAAAAUCGUGGCUGGUAGAAAAUGGAAAUCAUCUGUGGUGAAACCUGUGCCACCGUGUUAA